AUGGCCGCGCUCUCCCACCGCCUGCUCGUCGACGUCCACACCCACGUCUACCUGCCCCGCUACCUCUCCUUCCUGCGCGCGCGAUCCGCCGUGCCCCGCGUCUUCACCCGCACGACCCCCGACGGCGCCUCCGUGGAGCGCCUCCUCAUCCUCGAUGCAGAGCCCAGCGGUGGACGCCCCAUGGGCCCCCAGUACUGGGACAGGGCCCUCAAGCUCGACUUUAUGAAGAGACACGGAAUAGACAUAUCCGUCGUGAGGUUGCUGCGUCCCGCCUGCGUGCCCUCAUCGCGACUGACCCUCGUCGCGCCCCGCAGCUCUGCGAACCCAUGGCUCGACUUCCUGUCCGCCCCCGCCGCACAUGAGCUCGCCCACCAGCUCAACGACGACCUCGAGACGUACUGCUCGACGUCGCCCGCCCUCGCAGGGGGCCCGCUCAAGCAGCUGUACGGCUUCGGCCUCCUCCCGCUCGUCCCAGAGGUCACCACCGCGUCCCUGCUCGACACCGUGCACCAGAUCUCCGCGCUCCCGCAUCUCAAGGGCGUCAUCAUGGGCUCGCGCGGCCUCGGGAACGGCCUCGACGACGACGCGCUCGAGCCCGUGUGGGCCGCGCUCGAGCACGCCGGCCUCGUCGUGUUCCUCCACCCGCACUACGGCGUGGACGGGAAGGAGUGGGGCGGCAAGGACAACGGGCACGUCCUCCCGCUCGCGCUCGGCUUCCCGUUCGAGACCACCAUCGCCGUCACGCGCCUCAUCCUCGCCGGCGUCCUCGACCGCCACCCCGGCCUGCGCGUCCUCCUCGCACACUCCGGGGGCGCGCUCCCGCAGCUGUCCGCGCGCCUCGCGUCCUGCAUCGCCCACGACCCCGUCGUCGCCGCGCGCCUGCAGCACGACGCGCGCUUCUACCUCGGCAGGCUCUACUUCGACGGCGUCGCGUACGGCGCCGAGGAGCUCGCGUUCGUCGGCGACGUCGUCGGGCGCGCGGACACGUUCGCGGGCAGCAGCGCGAGCGCGGCGGCGUCGCGAGGCGCGGGGCUCGGGCAGCGCAGGCGGGGCAGCCGGCGCAUGCUGUUCGGGACGGACCACCCGUUCUUCCCGCCGCUCGGCGAGACGGAGAGAUGGAAGAGCGUGGUGGAGAACUUGGAGGCGAUUGAGGGCGUGCACGGCUGGGACGAGGCGGACAAGGACGGCGUAAGAGGGGGGAAUGCACUGGCGCUGUUCGGACUGUCCAAGUGA